GUGCUUUGUAGAUUUUGAUCUCCUGAAUAUGAUAAAGCUGUUGAAAUGUUUAUGAUACUUUAAAAUCACCUUGAAAAUCGAGUAAGAAAAAAAAUAUAUAAGAAUAAUAUAUUUAUAAGAACUCGAUUAGUUUACGGAGUACCAAACACAUCCAUGUAAAUUUUGGGAGAGAAGUAAAAAGGAUGUUUUAUGUGUGUACAUCAAGAGAAGGAGUACAAGCAACUAUAUGUUUGUAGCAGAGGGGUUUGGUUAGGUUAGGUUACAUAAAGUCGGAUUACCACAAAGGGAAUACCACAAAAAUGCAUUUAGUAAAACGGUUGCAAGUGCAGUUGGUCGACAGCCCUCGGUACGCAACGGUGUAGACAUGACAGAGGUGGAGAAGAAACUGCGUGUGGCGAUUGUCGGGGGUGGUUUGGUUGGGGCACUGACCGCUUGUUUCUUCGCUAAAAGAGAUCAUCAAGUAGCUGUCUAUGAAUGCCGAUCAGAUAUACGAGUAGACGCCAUGCAGGGUCAAAGUAUUAAUCUGGCGCUAUCAUUACGUGGCCAAGAGGCUUUGAAGGCGGUCGGUCUCGAAGAUGCUCUGGUAAAGAGUCACGGCAUACUCAUGCGCGGCAGAAUGGUUCACAAUAAGGAUGGCAGUUUGCAAGAAUUCCUUUACGACAGUGUCAAGGGAAAUUCCAUUUAUUCCGUUAACAGGCGACAUUUGAACGUGGUUCUGCUGGACGCCGCGGAAGAGUAUCCGGCGGUGCGACUGAAUUUCAAUAAAAAACUCAUGGAUGCCGAUCUGGUGAAGGGCACGAUGAAAUUCCUCAAUACAAAAACGGGCUUGAAAGAAGACGCGGAAGCCGACCUGAUAAUCGGCGCCGACGGCGCGCACUCGAUAGUACGAAGGAUCAUGUCCAAGAGACUGUACUUCAAUUGCGCUCAGACGUAUAUUAAGCACAAAUAUGUGGAAUUAACAGUGCCAGCUGGAGAGAAUAAAGAGAUGAAGACUGAUUUGCUUGAAAAGUUCAAGAUGAGCGAGAGGAAUCUCCACAUUUGGCCGCGUGGCGAAUUCAUGAUGAUCGCGUUGCCGAACAAAGACUGCUCGUUCACCGGCAAUCUAUUCGCGCCGUUCGAUAUAUUCGAGAAGUUGAAAACGCCAGAGGCGGUGUUACAGUUCUACUCUGAGCAGUUUCCCGAUCUGCUGCGACUGAUGGGCGAGUCGAAGCUGCUGAAGGACUUUUUCACUUUGGAACCGAAGCCACUAAUAUCAAUUCAGUGCGAGCCUUUUCACGUUGGAAAAACUGCUCUUCUGGUCGGCGACGCUGCUCACGCGAUGGUUCCCUUUUACGCUCAAGGAAUGAAUACUGGUUUCGAGGAUAUUCUGAUACUCGACGAAUUAAUGGACCGCUACGGUUCGGAUUUCGCUGAAAUUCUGCCCAGAUUUUCAAAAUUACGUUGCGACGAUACUCAUGCAAUAUGCGAUCUUGCUAUGUAUAAUUACAUGGAGAUGAGAGACUUACUAACAACGAAAAAUUUCCUCCUUCGAAAAUUCAUAGAUCAUAUUUUGUACACGUUCAUCCCGAAAUUCUGGAUACCGCUCUAUAUCUCCGUGCAGUUCACUCGCAUGGGUUUUCGGGAUUGUAUAAUCAACAGAAACUGGCAGGACAAGGUAUUGAGAAGGACUCUUUGGUUUCUUGGAUUCUUUUCGGUUCUCACCAUUUUAGCUAUUUACUUUUUUUCCUUCGGGUAAUAUAUUACGGAACGCAUUGGAUUGUCAAAUAUUAUUAAGAAUAACUUAAUAAUAAUAAUAAUAAGAAUAACAAGAAUAACACGAGAACAUGUAACAUUUAAUUAUUAUAAUAAUCCUUAGAUUCGUAUAUAUCCUUUUGUGAAUCGCAUUUUAUAGUAAAUUCUUUUCACAGUUGAUUAUUUUUAAUGAUCUUAUAUGUGAUGUUUUAGUAUAACGGAGUUCUUUCCACAAUUAUAGAACUUUUGUUAAUAUA